GGAAAAAAAGAAGCGUGACCUUCAAAGUGUAAAACUCUGUUGAAAACUAAACUAAAAGUAAAUAAUGUUUUUAUUGAUUGGAUUCUUCAGUUCAGAGCUCAGUGAAUUAGUUAUUUGAGGAAGGUUAAAAUAAAGUUUGUGAUUUUCAAGUAUAUGGUGGCUGAGUGAGUUCGUUGCGAGGCAAAAUUACAAGAUAACAUAAUAAACUGAAAUCGGAUUGCAGACACUUGCAAGAAUGUCUCGAGAACGUGCCAAUAAAAGGUUCUACCGGGUUGACAGUGCCCAUGAUUUUUCAACUUUCAUGGAUAAGGGUCAGAGGGCAGCUUGUCAGAAUAGGUGGACUUUCGAAAUAGCGUGGGAAGUUGCUAACAAAGUCGGUGGUAUCUACACUGUUAUACGCUCCAAAGCCUAUGUUUCUACUGAAGAAAUGGGAGACCAGUACAUUCUUCUCGGCCCAUAUAAGGAGCAUUGCGCUAGAACUGAAGUCGAAGAAGCUGAUUUUCCAGCCAAUUCUCCCCUGCACCUAGCUGUCAGUCGUAUGAGGGACAGGGGUUACCAGCUGCAUACUGGAACAUGGCUUGUGGACGGAAACCCCCAACUAGUUCUGUUCGACAUCGGCUCAGCUGCAUGGAAGCUAGACGAAUACAAACAAGAAUUAUGGCAGAAGGCGAAUGUUGGUAUCCCACACUUGGAUGUUGAAGCUAAUGAUGCUGUUAUUCUCGGAUACCAAGUAGCAGAAUUCAUCGCAGAGUUCAGAAAUGCAGCUGAAGAACUGAGCAAGAGCCCUCCACAAAUUGUAGCUCACUUUCAUGAGUGGCAAGCCGGAGUGGGUCUAAUUGCUCUGAGAACUCGCUUGGUGAAUGUUGCUACAGUAUUCACCACUCAUGCUACGUUAUUAGGGCGUUACCUAUGUGCUGGAAACACCGAUUUCUACAAUAAUCUGUCAAACUUCAGCGUCGAUGAAGAAGCCGGCAAAAGGCAGAUUUAUCAUCGAUACUGCAUGGAAAGAGCUGCGUCACAUCUGUGCCACUCGUUCACCACUGUAUCUGAAAUCACUGGUUACGAGGCCGAGCAUUUGCUCAAGAGAAAAGCCGAUAUCAUCACACCGAAUGGAUUGAACGUUAUCAAGUUUUCAGCACUGCACGAGUUCCAAAACCUUCAUGCACUGGCUAAAGACAAAAUUCAUGAGUUUGUCCGUGGACACUUUUAUGGGCAUUAUGAUUUCGACCUUGAUAAGACUUUGUAUUUUUUCACUGCUGGUCGUUAUGAAUUUACAAACAAAGGAGCAGACAUAUUCAUUGAAGCGCUGGCUCGUCUUAACCAUUAUUUGAAGACAUCACGUCAAGAUGUAACGGUUGUUGCUUUCAUGAUAUUCCCAGCUAGAACAAACAAUUUCAAUGUGGAGAGUCUGAGAGGUCAUGCAGUAACCAAGAGUCUGCGAGAUGCUAUCAAUGAAAUCCAAUCAAAAAUGAGUAAAAGAAUCUAUGAAAUAUGCCUCAGUGGUCGCAUGCCAGACAACGAAGAAUUGAUGACAAAAGAUGAUAAGAUCAAGAUCAAAAGAUGCUUGUAUGCUCUACAAAGAAAUGGACUUCCCCCAGUCACCACUCACAACGUCGUCGAUGAUUGGAAUGAUCCUGUGCUAGGCGCUGUCCGCAGAUGCAAUAUGUUCAACACCAUUCAUGACAGAGUCAAGGUUGUCUUUCAUCCUGAAUUUCUGUCAUCCACCAACCCACUGUUCGGUCUCGAUUAUGAGGAAUUCGUCAGAGGAUGUCAUCUUGGUGUGUUUCCCAGUUAUUAUGAGCCAUGGGGGUACACUCCAGCUGAAUGUACUGUCAUGGGAAUUCCAUCCAUCACUACAAACCUUUCAGGUUUCGGUUGUUUCAUGCAAGAGCACAUUGCUGAUCCCAUGUCAUACGGUAUUUAUAUUGUGGAUAGAAGGUACAUUGGUCUUGAAGACUCUGUCAAACAGUUGGCUCAGUAUAUGUUCGACUUCUGUCGUCUGAACCGUAGACAGAGAAUCAUCCAGAGAAACAGGACAGAACGUCUGAGUGAUCUUCUCGACUGGAGAAACCUGGGAAUUUUCUACAGACAAGCCAGACACAAAGCAUUGCAGAAGGUUUACAAAGAUGUUGAAUCAUUCGAAGAAGAAUACGAAGUUCGCAGAAACAGCUUCAGUUUUCCCAGGCCUAUUUCCGAACCUCCCUCUCCCUCCGCGUCUCGUCAUACUACUCCAGCCAGUUCUGUCCACGGCUCAGAGGAUGAAGACGAGGUGGAUGAUGAAAAAGAGCUGGCAGAAUUGGCAGUGAAAUAAUAAACUUGGCGUUCCCACUCCAAUGCCGAAAUUAGUCACUCAGGAACUGAAAUACUACAUCACAUAUAUCACCAAACUUAGUGCAGUGAAGAGAAGAGUCGAAUCCGACAUUCAUCUCUAAUGAAUAGGAAAUGUCUAGGAAACUAAUGUAGUAAAAUUAUGGAGUUUCAUUUAUAAAAUAUUGAAAUAGUAGUCGAUUCUCCACAAAUGGUUUUUCAGAAACGAACCACCUGCCAUCAUUGUGAUUGGAUUUAACCACCAUUAAUGUGUAGCUUCAAGCAGAAAUUUUAUAAAACCUAAUAGAGUCUAUUUUAGUCAUGAAUACCUUUUAAAAAACUGUUUAUUUUAAAACAUCGAAUUUUCUAGUUACGAAUUUCGAAUCAAUUUUUUGCAGAAGUUAUAUUUUGAAAAUUUUAUUGUUGUCAAACUGUUAAAAUAUAUAUUAUAUGUUAGCCUUCUUGAUAAUUUAUCACUAUUAUAUUGCGAUUUUUUAGAUUGACGUUCUAUUUUUGAAAUAUUGUUAUUAGGAAAAAUAAAAACUUAUCCUUCUUAUGGAGAUCAACACUGACAGGUUCAGAAUCGGCUUUCAUUUCUAGGCCAAUCUUUUCUCAUUUAAGUGCUUGACCUUUUUUUUAAUAAUUCCAAAGUUGAUUGAGUUUAAACAAUGCCAUUGUUCACUGAAUUGCCCGUCAAAUCUUCGUUCAUUCAAUCACCUUUGGAGUCAUUAAGAAAAAAGGUCCAGCACUUCAUUGAGAAAAAAUUGAAACUGGAAAUGCUAGUCGAUUCUGAGCCCGUCAGUGUUGAUCUAGACAAGAAAGAUAUUGAAAUGUCGGUAAGAGAAAUCCUUUGAUAGUAGCUUAGUGUAUGUUAGUUUUUGCUAGAUAUGUUUUAUAUUCACCGCAUAUUAUUCUCUUUUAUCUUUGAAGCAUGUUUCACUAUUGUUUUUUAUCUUUAUAUUCUGUUAUAUUUUCCUCCCUACAGCAUUAUUUGUGCCAUAUUCGUAAUUUUUAUUUUUUUUAAUGUUCAAAUGCUCAACGUUUUCAACAGAGUAAUUUUGAUAAAACGCACAACUAUUUAUUUAGUUUGUUCAAAGGCUGAGUAACUAACAAAGUUACCAAUAUAUGUUUAGAAAAAUUUCAAUUUACGUACAUUUUCAGAUUUGAUCAGUCAGAGUAACUAAUACAGUUAAAUUUAAAGUUUACAAGUAGAAUAUAAUGUUCUGAAAUAAAUAACGCUUGAAAUAAAAUAACUAAUAACGUUUGCGAAAUAGGUUUAUAUAUAAAAAUAAUGUUCAGCUAUGAACAUUAUCUGUGUUCAAAUCUAUGAAGAUCAAAAUUUUUAAAUGGAAAUUCACAAUUAUAAGUUGAUACGUACCAGAAAAAUUUAAAAAACUUUAUUUUCCAAUCCUAAUUCCAAUCUUAUCGUGGUUUUUAUCAACUACGGAUAAGCUGAAAAUAAUGUAACUGAGCUAAUCAUCGUUGAGUUUACUUGAGGCUAAUAUUAAAUUACUUGAGUCUAAUAUUAUUUUCCAAUAUUAUCAUUAUAGUGUAUUUAUACCCUAUCAGAGAUUCAUAAAAAUAUCUUGAAACAUCUCAUUUAGAAAAAAGAAAAUUAUUUUUUGAACAGUCUAUUCAAAGCUUCCAUAUCAGAUUUAUAAACUAGAUUUUAUAUAAACAUUGUUGUUUUAUGUGUGUCAUCUUAGUUGAAUGAUAUCUAUCCAUAGUAGAAUUAUACAUAGCACACAAUAGAAAAAGAUUGAUUUGUAACUGAUAAUAUAGCCUAUAUAUAAUAAGAUUGUUUCUGAGCAAUCUAUUAACUAUAAUAUAGGUUUUGAUUUGCUAAAAUUAUUUCAAUUGAGUUUUCAGUCAUAUGUAUAUUAUUGUCAUAAAUAGCCAGUGAUUGAUUAAUAAUCUGGUUGCCAUAUUGUCUUCAAUUUAAUAUAGGUAAUAGACUAUAAAAAAUAUUGAUACCGUUGAUAUUUGAAGUUGAUAAUAUAUAUUUUAUAAAAUAUUUUUAGAUUUCUGUAUUGAUUCAAUGUCAAUUUAUAGUGUUCUAUGUUGACUUUGAAUAUUAGCAUACAUAUAUACAAUAAACUAUUUCUUUUAUUUAAGCAGCGUUUUAGGUCAUCUACUCCUCAUGAAGAUUUGAUUUAUCUUUUCGGCAGGCCUACCUUAUGAAGUUUGUUGGAUUCUAUUUAGAAAGAACUCUCUUUAUUACUGAGUUUGACCUUUCUAAUCUGUUGACGUUUUUGUAUAAUUUGUAAAUGAAUAUACUCUAAAUCCAUCACAA